AUGUGCCAGCCCUAUCGAAGCUGUAACGUUAACGAAGAUACGGGCUUGAACUUGGCCUUCACCUUAGCACACGAAAUUGGCCACAAUUUCGGAAUGCCCCAUGACACUGAAGAGAAUGGAUGCUUGCCCUCACCAUCUUCAUCCUCCUUAAUGAGCGUUAUGUCGUCGAAAUUGAACUUACGCACCAGCCCGUUCAUCUGGUCCGAGUGUAGCAGGCGAUCCAUCACGGCAUUCCUCGACAACAACAACAACAACAAUAAUAAUAAUGAUAAUAAUAAUAACAAUAAUAAUAAUAAUAAUAAAGAUGAUUUUGUGGACGAAGUUGAAGGGGCACUGCAUCUCUUGCCUGGCUUCAUGUACGAUGUACACCAACAAUGCAGACUGCAAUUCGGCAAUCGAGCUGACCGUUGUCAGAAUCUGACGGACGACAUUUGCCGGACGCUGUGGUGCCAACUUGGGGAUCACUGCUUCACUAAAAUGGAACCAGCCGCAGAGGGCACAUUGUAUACACAUAUGAUUGUUAUUACACAGUGGUGUCUAAAAAGUAAAUGCACUGAGAUCACAGAGUUGACCCCUCCAAGACACGGAGAAUGGGGUAGUUGGGGCCAGUGGUCUUCAUGUAGCCGGAGCUGUGAGGUCGGAGUUCAAGUCCGGGUCAGAGCGUGCGAUAACCCCGAGCCACUUCAUGGUGGUAAGUAUUGCACGGGCGAUAGGAAACAGUACAAGAUUUGUAACAUCCAUCAUUGCCCGUCAUCAUCAUCGUCGUCAUCGUCAUCACCACCUGCUUCGUUACUGUCGAUGAGAUUAGAUCAAUGUUCAUCGUUCAACAAGGUUCCAUACAAAGAAAGGUUCUACCAAUGGGUGCCUGUUUAUUAUUCUGGUGGGAAAAACCCAUGUCAGUUACACUGUCGACCGGCUGGCCAGUACUUUAGCGUCAUGUUGAGUGAUAAGGUCCUGGAUGGUACCUUGUGUACGAUGAGUGGCCGAGAUAUCUGCGUGGGAGGAGAUUGCAAGGCGGUGGGUUGCGAUUGGAGAUUAGACUCGAACAAGACAGAUGACGCUUGCGGUGUGUGUGGUGGCGACUCUAGCGGCUGUCGCACCGUCGUUGAACGCUUGGACAUAGCUGCUAAUAAUACCUCCUACUUGGGGUACGUAGAUGUCGGGAGGGUUCCUUUGGGGGCCAGUCACAUCUUUAUCAAAAUAAAAUACACACUUAUUAAAUGCAACAGGUACUGGUUGAAUGGUAAUUGGCAUAUACAAUGGCCUAGUCAAUACGAAGUAUUUGGUACUGUGAUGAAAUACGAACGUAGAAGAAAUAAAGAAACCUUAGAUAUUCCUGGACCUGUCAACCAAACAUUCUACAUUGCCGUUAUAUACCAGUCGGCCAAUCGACCAAUCACAGUGCGGUAUACCCUCCCUAACCCUGGCCCUCCCAAUCAGAGAAGGCCUAACCUCAUCUGGCAGCAUCUUGAUUGGUCGCCAUGCACCGCCACAUGCGGAAACGGUCUGUAG